ACCUCCUUUUCACAGGCUGGCAACUGUCAUAACUCCAGAGCGGGCUCUGGCACUGGAGUCCAGGGAGGGGCCGGUCACUUUCCUAUUUUCUCUUGUCUUGCAGCACCAUGACCCCUGAGGGGGUUCUCUGCUGCAGGUAAGCAAGGGCCUAGGCAGGUGGGACCUCAGCCUUCUAUUUCUAUUCCUCUGCAGACCUCUUACACAGUUGUUAGGAUGCUGGACUCCUCAAGUGCCGAUCAGAUGACCCGGCUGACGUUGCGACUCCUGGAACAGGCUCGUGUUUAAAGGGAUGCUGACUGCUUCCUAUGGAGAUGCAACCAACAUCCUGGUUGGGAAAAACCUGGUCGUGCCCAGUCUUCUCUACCUUCUCAACCAUCUAUGACAUUCUGAGUGAUCCGUGACCAACAUGCCUGUCCUAGCAAGCAAUGAUGCAUAGGGCCCAUGGGCAUUCAUGCUGCCAUGGGCAGCUUCUCCAUAUGCUCUGCCUGCAUUGUUCCUCUUCUACUUCCUACCUAUUACCAAUCCUGGAACCCCUAGUUCAAGGCCCCAGUGGCCCUGGAUACAAACCAAGGGUAGUCUCUGCAAGGGUUUGCUACUCAGAAAUCUGUCUGGAGUAUCCCUCUUGGGGCCCUUCAGGGUAACCCUUGGGAUCCCUAAAAGUUCCCUCUUGGGACCCACCAGAGUGUCCCCUUUGGGUCCCAGCAGGGAAACUCCAUGGGGUCCAUCACUGUACCCCUUGUUGUGUAUCAUGAUGCUCUACUUGUAUCUCAUCAGAUCAUCCGUUGGGGCCCCUCAGGGUAUCCCCUUUGGGUUUAAGAUGGCUAGCAUACAUUAUGUUCGAGAACACGACCAGAAGAAUCCUUAAGAGAAUGGUGACCCUUGCUCCAUCUACCCACUUGAAAAGUGCUUCUUGCCCUCCGUACUUCCUUUUGGGUGCUGACCACCCCUAGAGCUUUUGGAAUAUCAGUUGCAUAGGCAGGUUGGCCGUGCAAACUCCACUCACCAACCUGGAGCCAAGUCCCCAUCACAGAUUCUUCCUCACAGAUGCUGGAACAGGAACGAGAAAGCAUGGACAGAGCAGGACAACAGGAAAAGCCAGACACUGCCCUGCAGAAUGCUUUGAGGAGAAGGAAGGACCUUCUACAGAGACUCUGGGAACAGCAGUUGGUGAAUGAGCACUCCCCAGUCCACGCCUGGAGGAGGGCACAGGAAAGAACCAUGGCGCCAGCCCUGAACCCAGAGGUGCCUCCCGUGGAUGUCUUCCCUGCUGCCUCUCCGCUUUUGCCCCGACCCCCAGAGCCACCAAGGAUUAUCCAGCACCCGGUCCCGCAGCCUCCUGCCACCAUCAUUCAGCAGCUACCCCAGCAGCAGCCACUGAUUGCACAGAUUUCUCCCCCUCAGGCCUUUCCCACUCAAAGAUCGGGAAGUAUCAAGGAAGACAUGGUGGAGAUGAUGCUAAUGCAGAAUGCACAGAUGCACCAGAUCCUCAUGCAGAACAUGAUGCUCAAAGCCCUGCCCCCUGGACCCACAGGGCCACGUGCCGCUACCCUCCAGGACCCACGAUGGGCGCACCAUGGAGUCUUGCGAGCUGAAAAGCAGAAGCCACCCCCUGUGCACCACCAUCACCACUAUGCACCCCCUGCCCAGCUGCAGGCUGCCUCCACAGCUGGUGCCCCUUCAGGAUAUCCGGGGUGGCCUCCAGUGGUGGCAGCUACCGCCCUCCCACAUGCAGCCAGCUUCUUGCCCACUGUGAGCCACCUGACUGAGCCAACUACUUCCCAUCCCAGCUACCUGUAGCACGUAUGCCUGGAGGGAGAAAGCUAGUGUUUUGCAGCAGGUCAGAGGCAAGAUGAUUCAGAGUUGCCAGUUAGCCCUGUGUGGACCUUCCCUGUGACUGACCUGGCUACCACACAGUGAAGACAGUGAUGUGAUGUCCAUGUGGAUGAACAAGUCAAUGCAACACACUCCCAAGAGCUUCAGGGUGG